AAAACUUUAUGCCGGCUUUGCUUUGUUAGGUGUGACCCAAGAAAUUAGUAGUGACUCGUAAAAACGCCGGUGGUUAUCCGUAUGAUCCGUAUUUUCGUAUUUACGUCGUCGUAAAAAUUUAUUUUUUUUUUAUUGAAGUUUACGUGGACUCGAACAAUUAGAUAAUUCUAAUUAAAAAGUUAUCGUGUUUCACGACUUUGUGAUUCUUAAAACCUUCAAACUCGGCAAGACUGACAACUACAAACAUGGCUUGGGUGCCUCUUGAAUCUAAUCCAGAAGUUAUGACCAAGUUUGCUCAUCAACUUGGUGUACCAAAGAAAUGGGGUUUCGUCGAUGUGUACGGUACGGACCCUAUGCUGUUGGCUCUGGUUCCUAAGCCCGUGUUAGCCCUCAUUCUUUUAUAUCCUCUGUCCAGCAAGACUAGCGAAUACGACGCUGAGGAAGCAAAAAAAAUAGAAGAAUCUGGACAAAAAGUAUCCAGUACUGUAUACCAUUUAAAGCAAUGCGUGUCCAAUGCGUGCGGUACAGUUGCAUUGGUGCAUAGUAUUGCUAACAAUACAGAUGAGAUACAGUUGGAAGAUGGAUUUAUGAAGAAAUUCAUUGCUGAUUCGCUGGACUGUUCGUUUGAGGAUCGUGGUCAACUUCUCAUUAAUGAAGGACAAGGCAUUGGCGAAGCUCAUGAAAAAAUGGCCCAGGAAGGGCAGACAGCGGCACCGCCUGUUGAUCAACCGGUUUACCAUCAUUUUGUCGCAUUCGUUCACAAAGAUGGCUCCUUGUAUGAACUCGAUGGUCGAAAACCGACCCCGAUAAAUCAUGGUCCAUCAACGAAAGAAACAUUGUUGGACGACGCAGCAGAAGUUUGCAAGGCUUACAUGUCCCGCGACCCUGAAGAAGUGCGCUUCACAAUGGUCGCACUGGUGCCAAUCGAAUGAUAAUUCAAGCCAGAACGACAAAAACAAUCAAAAAAGAAAGAUGAUCAAAUGAGACUUUCGUACAACCAUCGAAAUUCAAGUGUAAAACUCUUUUGCAUAUUUUUUUAUAUAUAAACCGUGGCUUUAUUGCUCCAUGGGAUCACUCGUGCCACGAACAAGACAAGAUAAAAAAUAAAAACUUGAUUAUCGCGACGGAUAUCUGAGGAAUGAAUGCCAGCAGUGACGUUUGUAGUUUUCUCACCGUGUGCUACUACCGUAAUGUAAAAUUUCAUAUUUUACAAAUAAUAUAAACGCCUUGAAUGAUGAAACAAAGAUUAUUGUCAAUUAUCUUUUGCAAACACUUUAACGCAAUGAUUUUCUCAAAUUUUCUUUCGAAAUCCAGAAUUUUCGAAACGAAUGAUAAAAACUUAUGGAUAAUCGAUCAAAAUUUACUUUGAAAAGUAAAGUAUCGUCAAAAUGUUCAACGGGCUGUGGGAAAAAACGAGAAUAAACCGCUUCUGAACGCAUUA